AUGUCUCGCGAAGCCUACCAAGUCCCUUCCUUCGACAACCAGCAGGCCCAGUUUUCCGCUGGUGCGGGCUCUGCGCCCACCAAUGCGAACGACGAGCUCCUCUCCGUCAUCUAUGUCUGCGGCGACUGCAGCGCUCGUGUGCAAAUGAAGCGUGGAGAUCAGAUUCGGUGCAAAGAGUGUGGGCACCGCGUGUUAUAUAAGGAGAGAACAAAGAGGUCGGUUACUCGAGACUCCUUGCUUUUAGGCGUGGUGUUGUCGGGGGUUCUUUUUUAA